AUGGGCACGCUGAUCAGUGAUAACGGAUCACAAUUUGCAAGUAAAGAGUAUGAGGACUUCAUAGGGUCUCAUAGCAUGCAUCACAUUACAUCUUCUCCAGGUCACCAGCAAGCAAACGGUCUUGCUGAGAAAGCUGUUCAAAGUGUUAAGAAUUUGAUCAAGAAAUCAGGAGAUGACAUAUAUAUGACAUCACUAGAUCUGAGGAACACGCCUAGAGAUGACAUUGGAGCUCCCAUGCAGAGGCUUAUGGUGCGUCGUGGGGAAACACAGUUGCCAAUAACUGAAACACUUAGGAGACCAGAACAGGGUAACAUCAAGGCAAACAUAACAUCAAAUCUCAUGGAGUACCGCAAAACUCAGAAACACUAUUAUGAUAGAGGAACUAAGCCACGAGAGGAUUUUGAGCGAGGUGAUGCCCUUCGGGUAUAUUCAGAUAAAAGAUGGGAACCAGCUGAACUUAUCAACAAGACAGAAUAUCCGCGGUCGUACAUUGUAAAGGCAGGCGAUAAGGCACGCGAGUGCCGUCGAAACAGUGAUUUGUUGAUGAAGACCAGGGAAAUACCAUAUCUCAUCAAACAAGUCGAAAGGUCAAAUCAUGUGCCAACGAUUCCUAUCCAAAGACCAUCCAAGCUGUCCGUCCAGUGUGCGAAGACACGAUAA